AUGGCCACAGCGCUGACGAUGCCGAUGCUCCCCUACUCGCACUCCCACUCGCACCACUCGCACCAGUCCCACCAAUCGUUGCAGUCGCACCAGUCACUGCAGGCGUUCACCGACUCCUACUUCGCCCCGCCCUCCUACCGCUCGCCGCCGGGCCUGCGCGCCCUUUCCAACCCCUCCCAUCAAUACCAACACCAACACCAUCAACCUCAGCAACAUCAACCUCAGCAACAACAAGCCCCCCACUCCCAAAGGCAGCCACCGCAAGCCCCCCUAUAUCUGUAUCCCACGCAACAAGCGCAACAAGCGCAACACCUCCCGUUCAACGUCAUAACGCCAUCCCCCGAAUCGUGCCGCUCGCCCUACACGCACCCGCCCACACGCACGACGCGCGCGCGCUCGCGCACAAUCUCGCUCGCUGCGUCGCCCCUGUACACUCCCUCAUUCUCCUCCGCAUCGACAUUCUCGCAAUCAACGAUAUCGACGUCCACAUCCACAUCGGCGUACAAUGUGGAGCAGCACAUCCUCGCGCCGACGUCCAUUCUCUACACCUCCGCCUCCACCUCCUCUCCCCACACACAGACCUCCACCUCCUCCACCUCUCCCCAGCCGCAGACCCACACGCCCAGCACGUCCGGCACGUCCACCACCCCCGCAGGGAAUAUGAAUAUAUGGCAGUUCACCCCGCCCUCGCCGUCCCCCUCUUCCCUUCCUCGGCCUCCCUCAACGGCAACGGCAACGGUAACCACCCCUUCUCCUUCCCCUUCUCCUCGCAUCAAAACACCUUCACCUUCCCCGCCCCCCAUCAAAACACCUUCACCUUCUGCACCUUCUCCUCGCAUCAAAACAAUCAAAACGCCGACCCCCGAGUCCCUCGAGCUCGCGCGCGUCGUCGCGGGCAUGCUGCUCCACCGCGUGUACUCGCAUUCCUCCUCCGCUCCCUCGCGCUCUCCGUCCCCCAGAGUUUCCUCUUCUACACUCCCCUCCCGCGCAUCCGCUUCGCCACAGCGUCCUGUCGCCGCGAAUGAGCGCGGGCGGCUGUCGUUACAGGCACAGGCACAGGUACAGGUGCAUACUACUGGGAAUGGGGGUGGUGGGGGGAGUCGGCUGAAGGAGGUGCUCUACUCGUGUUGGGACGACGACGAGGACGAGGACGAGGAGGACGAGGACGGGGACGGGGACGGGGAAAGUGAAGGGAGUGAUGCUGAGAGUGAGGGGAGUGAGGGGACCCUGGUUGAUGCGGAAGAGGGAGAGCGGGGGGAGAAGAAGGGGGAGGGGGAGGAGGAUGACGGGAAGAUCGUCUAG